GUUUUGUUUGUUACAUUACUCACGCAGGCGCACUGAAUAACAAGCCUCUCAAGUCGAUGAACAACUAUAGGUACCUACAUAAAUAUGGAAUUGCAUUAAAUGCUUUUAGCAAAAUUAUUUUUAAAUUUUCUAUUGUUAUAUAGUUGUAGAUAGAUUAAAUUUAUCUAAAAUGUCGAGAAAACGAAGUGAAAAAGUAUCAAAGAGCGAUAAAUUCGCUUACGUCGUAGAAAUUAAGUGAAAUGUUUCAGCAGGGUCGCGUCGUGAUUGUUUGGUUAUCUUGGCUUAUUGGUGGAAUCUGUGGCGUUUUUAUUUUAUUAAUAAUUAUAUGCUACUGCCGCCUAAUGCCGCGACAUCAGAAAUCAUUUGACGAGCAAUACUUAAAAGAAACUUAUACAAUAAAGGAGGGUUAUAGUUAUGUGUGUCCAGAAGGCUGCAGGGUCAAACAUGAGGUGCAGGUACAGCGACACUCCCGACCUGCCAGCUAUGCGGGUGAUAUGGAGUGCCGGCGCCACAGAGAACCGCCGCGUGUCCAACCUCCCACCCACUGCUACGUUAAUAGAGUGCCCACCACCUCCAGGGAACUGUCCACGCAGUAUGCUUCCAGCAGCAUGUUGGAUGACAUAGAAGGAGCGGCCAGCAUGGAUGCAAUGAAGACCCGCUCGCUGCCAGCGUUCCUCAGGCCUAAGCAGAGACCGCUGUCCACCGAAGAUGAUCUGCAUCAGCUCUAUGCCAAAGCGAAUCUCAGCAAGAAGUACAAGAACAGAAUGCGAAGCGAGCACGCGGCCAUCAUAGCACUCAGCAAGUCGCACAGCCAGUUCUUAGACGCCGAUGCUGUCGUGGUAUACGACCAGCGAACGGCUCUGUAACAGUCCUAACAGCUGCCCAUCUCUUCAACACUCUACUAAUUCCUUUGAUGUGCAAGUGUGUGAGUAUUUACUACAUGCACGUGCGCAGGUCAACAAACUUCUGUUGAUAAACUAUUCAAUUUGGCUAACGAAAUUUGAAAUUAAUUUAAGAGUGUUAGGGCUAUGUCCUGGUUUUUGACCCCAUACCCGGUUUUGUACUAAUCUUCCAUAAGUUUCAAGAACAUAAACAGUAAAUGAAACAAUGAUUAUUAUGAUCAUACACUCGGCACUAUAUUAUGAUUUUGUGAUAAUAUUUACCUACUACAAGAUACUCUUUAUAUAAAAGCAUAUAUCUACAUUUUACCAAACUAUUAGGACCGAAAGUCUUUAGAACCAAUAUCCUAUGCAUUUCCAGUAAACCUAUACCAUAUCUACAUUUUUCUAAAUCACAGAACUGAAAAGAGUUAACAGUAGAAGUUCAAACUAAAAUUGUUGUAAAUAUGCCACAAUAGCUGAAAAUUUCACGCAAAUAUUUGAAUACUAAUAUCGGUAAACUGCUUGGUUGCUAUCAAGAAUAUAUUAUCAAUAAAGUAUAUAACUUUAACAUAACUAUAACGUACUUCAGGUAAGGUAUGAAAUGUUUCUUAAUGUUGGUGAUCAAUUGUCUCUAAUAACUAUCAUGUGGUCUUUUGAUGUAGUCGGCUUCAUAAUUGGAUGUUAAAAUGCAAACAAAGACCUCGUAAGCAAGAUAAAUGAUUUUUUGGCUGUUUUUGAAGAUGAUAAAGAUUUGUAAAUGUGAUGCACAACCAUAAUAAGUAUUUUUUAAUAUGUAUUUUAUUUAAUACAAUAGUAAGACAGUAUUUUAUUUGAUUAACGCGAGUGGUACACACUUAAAUCACUCUGUGUACUUUUAAAUCCCCCUGAAAACGUGCACUGAAAAGAUCACAAAACGUCGGGUUGAAUAGAAUACGAAUUAAAAUGUAAUUCUUACGCGAAAAUUUAUGUAAAAACAGUUACAAUCACACGCGUUUUAAUCCAAUAGUAAGAUUGACGUAAGACUAUCUCAUUUAACAAAGAAACAGCAAAUUGUUAAUAUAAUGCUAAAUGCUAUUUAGGUUAUAAAUAAUAUUUUAUAGACGAGAGCAUAAUAUAACAGUUCUCCUACUGCCCAGCUCAACCCUGGUUGAGCUUACAAUGGUAGCGGAGUAUAGCUAUCAUGAGCUCAUGUAAAGAAGUAGUCCAAGGAUAUAGAUUUAUAAAUGAAAUUACGUAACAAAUUUGGAGGAAAGUAUGGUAAAGAUGCCACCUUCGCACGACACGCCACAAGUUACGAUAUCAUCCCCACCAUCUGGAUGUGUGGCGGUCCUCCACAGUGCGGUUUUCAAGGAGCUGUCUUCCACGUACUACAAAGCUGUGGAAUGAGCUUCCUUGUGCGGUGUUUCCAGGACGAUACGACAUGGGUACCUUCAAAAAAAAGCGCGUACACCUUCCUUAAAGGCCGGCAACGCUCUUGUGAUUCCUCUGGUGUUGCAAGAGAAUGUGGGCGGCGGUGAUCACUUAACACCAGGUGACCCGUACGCUCGUUUGUCCUCCUAUUCCAUAAAAAAAGACGACACCGGCAUUGGACAUCUAAUUAUGAAACAGGCAAUAAAAUUUACGUAACUAAAUUAUUUCAAGCAGCUUGUUGCAAGCAGAUAGAGCCACUAAUAAAAUUGGUAGAACCAUCGACGCCAAUAACUUAAAAACAACACAAUACUCAGCAUUAAAAUUAAGGAAUGAUAUGGAACCUGGCCAGACUUCUACUACAAAAAUAGUUUCAACAUUUUGUAAAUUCUUAACGAAACGUUGAAAGUAUUGUUAAAUGGAGGCGAUUUUUAAGCAACAAUACUUACGUUUGACCCAUCAUUCAUAAAUUCUUUGGUAUUUUACCCCCUUAUUCAUAAUAGUCUGCUAACUUAAAGCAUUGCUAAUUCUCACUCUGUCUUCUUCUAUUGACCUAAGUCAGAAUGAGAAAAAACACUCCUUAGCGGCUGUUUAAAGUUAGCGGAUUAUGAAUAAGGGGGAUAGAAUAUCCCACACUUAUGUAUUGUACCUUACCUAGUUAAUGUUAAUCUAUUUGUCUAAUAAAAUUUAUAUCGAAUUGUUAAUCAUUGUUCUAUUGUAAGCUUUUUAUAACAAUAUAUAAAUUAAACGAAUUUCAAGUGUAAAUUGGAGCCUCAUGGUUAUUUAACAUAGAUAUAAUGUGUUUCUUGUAAGGCAUGAAAAAUAUGUCCAAGCUAUAUUGUAGUUUGAUUCACAAAAUCAUUGAUAUCUAGUUAUUAAGCUAUGACCCUCUGUUCUUUAGUAGUGACCAGCUCAGUGACUACUUCCACUAAAUCUAUUGCUUCAGUUUAACUCAGCAGUUCUUACUAAUUAGUUACCUUACUUGUAGCGUAGAGUAGCUAUAACUCCUACAGUAUUAUUAUUGUACAGAACUAAGCCAUAAAAAAUAUAGCUGAAUUCAAAACACGCCUAUAUAGUUCUAUUUUUAUUAAUUUAUAUAAACUAUAAUCAUAUGAUUAUGUCAUUAACUUUUCGAUCUACAUAUAUGAGAAUCUAUCUAGAAAAAUAGGGUGGUAGAAAAUUUGGUCUUACAAUAGCUUAGAGUAUCUCCUAUUUAGCCAUUACAAAUAGCAUGCAAACUUAGUCUUGGUCAAAUUGUUUUAUUACAAUUUAAAUGAAUUAAUUUUAUAUUUACACAAAAUAAAAAUUUGAUAAAUUAUCAAAAAUAAAUAAAGUCAUGAUAAGAAUAAUCUACUAAUGCCCUUUUGCCGUAGUCUUCUGAAUUCGUAUUCUUUAAAACUAACAAAUGCUUUUAAAACCUCAUAUUUGUCAGCCUUUAAGACGGGAUCGCAUCAUCAUCAUCAAUUAAAUAAACAAAAUCAAUAAUACUCAAUAAUAGUCUAUCAAUGGAAGUGGUCAAAAAUUAUCAUAAUAUUUUGACCUCAUUCUUGACGUUUCAGAUUACCUCAGUAUUCAAUACAAAUGAAUUCUAUCCACAAUAUCUGGAGGCGUGCAGUAGAUUAGUAAUGUUGUUCUUUCCAUUCCAUGAGUCCAGCAACGGAGCUUUUAAGUAAUCCCUUAUAUUUAAAAUUAAUAAAACUCAAAAGGGAAGUAGACUUUGACAGCAAACGGCUUGAUCAGCUGUAUUGCACGGGAAAAAGUUUGAUGCAUGAUUAAAGAGCAUAUCUAAUAUUAUGGUAGUUGACAAUUUGUUGAUACGCCUUCAUAUAAAUCCACGUUAAUUCGCGGUGCUUGCAUCUAGAGAAUGAUUUCAAUGACUUACAACCAUACAUCAGCGUACACCGUUUGGAAUCAUCUGAAGAUGUAUUUAAAAAUAUUUGACGAUAGUUGAAUUGUAAUAUGUGCGAUAUUGCCUAACUUCAAUUUAAUUAAAGUGAGGAGGUACAUACAAAUUUUUGACUUCAUUAAAGAGGUUUUAAGCCUUUUUGGAUGUAUACUUACCUAAUCGAAUUAAAAAAAACGCUAUAAUAGGCUUCCGCAAAUUUUACUUUCUCGAACUGUUUUAGGGACUGUUUCAAGUUUCCUAAAUUGCAUUAUGUUAUCACGGAGUAGUAAAAAAAGAAGGACUCCGCGCCGUGAUAUUAGCAAGUGAAGCACCUUUAUGCUAGUGUAUGUGCGGUUACGAGGUAUACCAGUUACACAGUUUUUUCUCCCUUAAAUAAUCAUAUAUCCACAUAUUUGUGGCUUUUAUGUUAUUGUUUUUACACUUUUUCACAACGCACGACGGCAUUUUUAAAAUAUUUUAUUGCGACGCAAACUGAUCUGUCACAGACGAUGACAAUUCUCAUAAUGGCCGCCUAUCGGCCUGUAGUAGUGUAAGUGUGUGCGUAGGGCUAAGUAGUUUUGGAGCUACACUGUUAUGUAAGGUGACACGGAGUCCUUAUUUUUUUACUAGUCCGUGUAUGUUAUAUGUUUAAUUAUAAUAAUGAAUACUUAUUGCAGAGCAAAAAAAUUUACUGUAGUUACUUAGCUUAUGAAUAUGUGCAACAAUAUUUACUGUCGUUACUGGGUGGAAUUAAUUUUGUCUUGUUAGCUAUUAUUCGAUUAUUAUACUUAUAUUAAAACUAAGAUUCGCGUUUACAGUUUCAAGAAAAUCUACUAAAUACUAUGUAUUGUUAUAUUUUGGGCUUUAAUUUUUGUUGAUUAUUAAAAAGGUCAGUUAGUGGCGAACAAAUGUAUCUAUAAACUGAUAUUUUCAUUGUAGUUAAGCAACAUU